AUGAAAUUAUUUAUUACAUUAUUAUUGUGUAUAUUAUCAUUUGCAAGUGUUUCAAACUCAACCACUGCAGAUUUAACUAAAAUCUAUGGUAUAUGGCAUUGUGGUCUUGACUAUUGUCUGUGGCAUCAAGAGGUACCUAUUUCCGAGUUUGAUUGGAUUGUCGACCGUGGCGAUGGCAAACCAUCGUUCAACUUGUUGGUAUUUGCAUUCCUCAAUCCAGUAAAGGUUCUUCAAGAGGGUUUGGACGCCGUUCCCAAAGCAAUCAAUCACUCGACAGUCCAGUAUCUCCAAUCGAAGGGUAUCAGUGUUCAAUUCUCCAUUGGUGGUGCCACCUGGGUAGGUGCAUGGAAUACCGCUCUCUCUACAGAUCCCGUAACCCUCGCCAAAAACGCAGCACUCAUUGCACUCAACUACUCAGUGGGAAUCGAAAUCGACUACGAAGGUGCCAAGUCGGUGCCAUUGAUCGACACCUUUGUUUCGACAUACCGUCAGUUGAUUCCAGCGAAUUCCACCAACUCUGACAGUGCCCUGCUAACCGUAGAUACCGGUGCCGGAACUGGAUACCUCACUGAAGUCUCAGAGUAUGCUUCGAAAUGGUUGGCUGCCGGUCAGAUCGAUUGGAUCAAUGCAAUGGUUGGCAGCGGUCCUUACACCUCAAUUGAUCAAGCGAUUCCCUACUGGGAGCAACACCUUCAUGGUCAAGGCAAGAAAGUUGCACCAAUCCAACCAUCACAGCUCGUUGUCAAUCUCUAUAGUUGCGACGGUUCGCCAAUCUGUAACACCUACCAAAAUACCGUUUUACAAGGUGCAAUCGACUGGGUCACUUCCAACUCUACUCGUGGAAUCAAUUUCUGGGCUGCUGGAUGUCAAGGUCCAAACCAAUGUUGUGAUAAUUGUUCAGGUAUUGAACAAGGUUCACAAGCAUUCUUGGGAAAUUAA